GCAAGAGUGAGGAAACACUUUACAACGUGUCUUCCACCUGCCGGGCUUCGUUGAGAGAGAAGUAACUUUGGAAAAUGAAACGUGUCCUUGUUUACGGUGGCAGAGGUGCCUUGGGCAAUGCUUGCAUAUCCCAUUUCAAAAAUAGCAACUGGUGGGUGGGGAAUAUUGAUGUUUCUAAAAGUGAUCAGGCUGACGCAAAUAUCACCGUGAAUCCGGAAGAAAGCUGGGUUCAGCAAGAGGCGUCCGUCGUGGAAGCUCUCCAGCAGGUUCUGGGAGGAGGAGGGAAGGUUGAUGCUAUUCUCUGCGUUGCUGGUGGUUGGGCAGGUGGAAAUGCAGCUUCCAAGGAAAUGGUAAAAAAUGCAGAUGCGAUGUGGAGAACCAGUGUUUGGCCUUCUACAGUAGCUGCACAUCUUGGGGCGCACUUCUUAAAUGAAGGUGGUAUGGUUGCAUUCUGUGGGGCUAAGGCUGCUUUGGAAGGAACUCCUGGGAUGAUUGGUUAUGGGAUGGCAAAGGCAGCUGUUCAUCAUUUGGUGAAAUCAUUGGCAGCUGAAAAGAGUGGCUUGCCAUCAGCUGCCCUGCCAGUUGCUGUUUGCCCUGUUACUCUUGAUACCCCAAUGAAUCGCAAGUUCAUGCCCAAGGCAGAUGUCUCCACAUGGACUCCCUUAUUCUUUGUAGCCGAGCUGUUUCAUAAUUGGGCCGAAGGGAAAGAAAGACCUGUGCCAGGAAGUCUCAUACAAUUGAUAACUAAGGAUGGACAAACGAGUCUAAUUCCUGCAUGAGGUGUACCUGCUUCAGUUUCUGUGGCAGCUAAAGCUUUCUGUCACUCUCUAGAUUCUUUUUUUUUAGAGUUGGCUGAGUUAUUUCUUUUAGAAAAUGAUCAUGGGGAAAUCAAGUUCAUUAUUUCCUUCAGUUAUUAUUAGUUCUCAGUUCUGGUAGCACACAAACUGGAGUGACAUAUAUGAAGGAACAGACAUAAUGGAACCAUUGUAGAUUAUUUCUAUAUCUUCUCCAGAGUUAGCAGUUCAAUGGUUUCACUAAGUAAAGGUAAUGGACCUUAUAGGUUUCAGUAAUACAGCACACAUUAAAUGAAGAAUUCCAUUCUUUAACCUGCAUGCCUAUGCUUUUCAGUGUCCACAUUCCAUUAAUCUAGGAUUUAUACUUCUGUUUUUUUGUAAGCCCCAGAACGGCCAGAAAGUUAUGGUGCUUUUUGUGAUUAUUGUGCCAAUGUUUCAUGUGUCCUUUACAUCUCAAUGCUAUGUCUUCCUGUGAAGCUUCAAACAUAUCAUGUCAUGUGCAAUACUGCUUAUCCUGUCAAAGUCAAGCACAAAAUACAAAUUGGCUUUUAGUAUCCAUAUACA